CCCUCCGCGUAGAGGAAAGAGUUCCGGCCCUGGGUGAUUUCUUGAGUUCAGCAGCCGAUCGGUAUACAGGCCAUCAUUUCAUACACGUUUGGCGUUUUUUCAAGAACCAGAUUGCUGGUCGCUUGUCUUAAGGCCGCUGACUACUACGGGAUUCUUCCGCACAGCCGCGGUGCAGCGGCCCAGCAGCCGCCAUUUUGGUUUGUCCCGGAGCCGUGGAGAGAGCAGCAGUACCGGGCGGUGAGAGGAAACAUUCUUGGCUCAUGACAGUGAUUAAGAGAAUGCCGGCCCCCAUCAGAUUGCGGGAGCUUAUCCGUACCAUCCGGACGGCACGUACUCAGGCAGAAGAGCGGGAAAUGAUUCAGAAGGAAUGUGCUGCCAUACGCUCAUCUUUUCGUGAAGAAGACAAUACCUACCGAUGCCGCAAUGUGGCCAAACUACUGUACAUGCAUAUGUUGGGAUAUCCUGCACAUUUUGGGCAGUUGGAAUGCUUAAAACUCAUUGCUUCUCAGAAGUUCACAGAUAAACGGAUUGGGUACCUUGGAGCAAUGCUGCUUCUAGAUGAGCGACAGGAUGUCCAUUUGCUGAUGACCAACUGCAUUAAAAAUGACCUAAAUCACAGCACACAGUAUGUGCAGGGAUUGGCUCUUUGCACACUGGGCUGCAUGGGAUCUGCUGAGAUGUGCAGAGAUCUGGCAGGAGAAGUGGAGAAACUUCUCAAAACAUCAAAUUCUUACCUGCGAAAAAAGGCGGCACUGUGUGCUGUUCACGUCAUCAGAAAAGUCCCAGAACUGAUGGAAAUGUUUUUGCCUGCAACAAAAAAUUUGCUGAAUGAAAAAAACCAUGGAGUGCUUCACACCUCCGUUGUGCUUCUGACAGAGAUGUGUGAGAGGAGUCCAGACAUGCUCACUCACUUUAGGAAGAAUGAAAAGCUUGUCCCCCAGUUAGUUCGUAUUCUUAAAAACCUUAUCAUGUCCGGAUAUUCUCCAGAACAUGAUGUAUCUGGGAUCAGUGACCCCUUUUUGCAGGUACGGAUAUUGCGGCUUCUCCGAAUAUUAGGCAGAAAUGAUGAUGACUCAAGUGAAGCCAUGAAUGAUAUUUUGGCACAGGUUGCAACAAACACAGAGACAAGUAAAAAUGUCGGUAAUGCCAUUUUAUAUGAGACGGUCUUAACAAUCAUGGACAUAAAGUCUGAGAGUGGUCUACGGGUUUUAGCUAUUAACAUUUUGGGAAGAUUCUUAUUAAAUAAUGAUAAAAAUAUUCGGUAUGUGGCCUUGACUUCUCUUCUAAAAACAGUCCAGACCGACCACAAUGCAGUGCAGAGGCAUCGUAGCACCAUUGUAGAUUGUCUUAAGGAUUUGGAUGUAUCUAUUAAACGGCGGGCUAUGGAGCUUAGCUUUGCUUUGGUAAAUGGGAAUAAUAUCCGUGGAAUGAUGAAAGAGCUUCUGUAUUUCCUGGACUCCUGUGAACCUGAAUUUAAAGCUGACUGUGCUUCAGGCAUCUUCUUAGCUGCAGAAAAGUAUGCCCCUUCAAAGCGUUGGCACAUAGAUACAAUUAUGAGAGUUCUAACAACAGCUGGAAGCUAUGUACGAGAUGAUGCAGUUCCAAAUCUUAUUCAGCUAAUCACAAAUAGCUCAGAGAUGCAUGAAUAUACUGUGCAAAAGCUGUACAAGGCCAUUCUGGAUGAUAUUUCCCAGCAAUCAUUGGUCCAGGUAACCUCAUGGUGUAUAGGUGAAUAUGGAGACCUGCUGGUUUCAGGCCAGUGUGAGGAAGAGGAACCUAUCCAGGUUACGGAAGAUGAGGUGCUGGAUGUUUUAGAAAGCAUUUUGAUCUCCAACAUGUCGGCAUCUGUUACACGAGGUUUUGCCCUGACAGCCAUCAUGAAGAACUCCACUAGGUUUAACAACACUGUUAACCGUAUUAAAAAAGUGGUAUCCAUCUAUGGCAGCAGUAUUGAUGUUGAGUUGCAGCAAAGGGCAGUUGAAUAUAAUGCUUUAUUCAAGAAAUAUGACCACAUGAGAUCUGCACUCCUUGAAAGAAUGCCUGUUAUGGAGAAAGCAAUUAGUAAUGGACCAACAGACUUGCCACAAACUAAUGGAGAAACAGACCCCUCAAUUAUUGACACUAAACCAGUUCAAUCUACCCCACAGCCUUCUAGCCAGGCUAAUGACUUAUUAGAUUUGUUGGGUGGAAAUGAUAUUCAGCUAGUCAUACCCACUGCACCACCUUCGAAGCCUGCUUCUGUGGGAGGAGAGCUUUUAGAUCUGCUUGGAGACCUCAAUCUCGGUGGAAUUCCGGCUUCAGUUCCACAGAUGCCAGCACCUCAGCUGCUGCUGGAUGGACUAUCUGCACAGCCUCUAUUUAAUGAUAUCGCAGGUAUUCCUCCAAUCACUGCGUACAACAAGAAUGGACUGAAAAUAGAUUUUAGUUUUGAGAGAUCCAGCACAAAUGGCAGUAUAACCGUGAUUACAACUCAGGCGUCCAAUUGCACAGACAGUGAAAUGACAGACUUUGUGUUCCAGGCUGCAGUACCAAAGACGUUCCAGCUUCAGCUGCUUUCUCCAAGUAGUAAUGUCCUUCCGGCCUUUAAUGCAGGGAGCAUCACACAGGUCAUUAAAGUGCUGAAUCCCCAGAAGCAACAGCUGCGCAUGCGGAUCAAGCUGACAUAUAAUCAUAAGGGCUCGGCUAUACAGGACCUUGCUGAAGUGAGCAACUUUCCCCCUCAAUCAUGGCAAUAAGAAGGAGCUGUGUGCAUACUCACCCCCCCCACCCAAGAUGAAGGAACUCUGGGCUGGAGUCUCUGCCCCUGGAUUACCAAUGAUUGCACUUUGGGCCUUGGGGGAACAGAGAAGAUGGAGGGACAUUCUGCAGCUGAGUGAAGCCAUGUGCGCAAGGAUAGAACCCAGCUGCUUCUCCUUUCCCAACUCAGGAGAAAAUAGCCAGGCCUCUCUCUCAACCCACAAAUGUCUCAAUUGGAAUCAGCGUUGGUCUUUCCUGUCUGGAUUUUGAGUUUUUAACCAUCCCUAUUUCCCACAGUACAUUCCUGCAGUCAUUUCCACUCGCGUCCAUCUUCCCCCUGGAUAUGUCAAUUAACUGUUUUGGGAUUUUGUUUAAAAAAUAAUCUUUUGCCUGGGAUGCUUGGCUCUCCAUCUCUACACCUCAGUUUGCUAGUGUGCAUCCUUUAUUGGAUUAAAGCUGUUUCUGUCCAUAACAUUUGCACAGGAAGUUGGUUCUGCUGCUCCCCAGUUAUGUGUUCAUGUAAUGAUAAAGUCCAGCUCCAACACAUGCAGAUUUUCCACUGUUUUUUCCCUGUUGUUUGCUUUGAAAAGCUGCAUACAGGAUAAUGUGCCUCAUGAGAACACAUUUAAGGCUGAAGAAUUAAGACACUGUAUAUGAUUUACAAAGAGGGAACCAUUUUGGGGAAAAAAGACAUUCAGGCUUCAGCACUGAUGGAUUAUUUUAUUGUUGUGGAUAAAGUGGCUGUUUCAAAAUAAAUGGUACUGAAAUACCGUUCUGCCGACCUGCUGCAAAGAUCUGAGGGGAGUUUAUUCAUCUCCGUACAUGAUUUCAAUUUUCAGAUGUUUCAACAUAGUUCCAGCUGCUAAGGACUUCUUAUAUCUCUUAACUCCCACAGUUCUGUGCCUAAAAGAUGAUGCCAAUGCAUCACAUGCCACAUAAAUCUGUAAAUGAUGAGGGCAAUGAGGCUGCAUCCUGGCACUCUUGUUUGUGACCUAUAGUAAUGUACAUACCCUCUCUCUCUUGUAAAAUCAUGAAGGAACUGAAUUGGUUUUGUUUUCUGCAGCUAUACAGAUAAAACUUUUGUUUUGUUUGUUUCUUGGGAGAUGAGAUACAACAGAAAUUUUGUUAUGGAUACAAGAAGGCAGAGCUGCAGGUGCAGAGAUUUGCUGAGAUCUGUCCUCUAGGUGUGGGUACUGAUUGGCAGGCACUCCCUCAAUACCUGUGAGCACUGAUCUAACUUUUUCUUUGACGCCUGUUGGUAAACUGAGUUUUCAUUUCUUGUCUGUGGCACUCUUAUGCCGCAUCUUGUUCCUGUAAAUGCUCUUCCCUUUCCUUUAAGUGAAACUUCUUCUCUGCAUACCCCUCAGUAGCCUCAUUGAAUGGAACACUGAAUCUCCAUGUGUGAGUGGAGCUGACAAUGAACUGAUUAUUACUGCAGACUUAUUUUGAGAUGUAAAGGCAACCUUGUAAAAACAAGUCUUUGGGGAGCAUUCAAGGUGUAAACAUUUUCAUGGGAUACUUAGACUGCUGUGUAUUAUCGUCUUUUGGUUGAAACAAAAUCUGAAAAGUGACUAAUAAAGAAUAAAAAAACCUCA